AAGGCUGGCCACAUACUCUGUCAAAGGCUGUGAUUCUUUUCCUUCUCAAAGAAUGUGCCUAAAGAAUGUCACCCUGGAAAACAACGAAACCGUCAAGACCAUCAACUAUGAUGUUAUUCUUGCCAUCUACAUCAUCACGUUCCUGAUUGGCCUCCCUGCCAACCUCCUGUCCCUCUACACAUUCCUACGGAAAGUCUGCAAGAAGCCAGCCCCCAUAGACAUCCUCUUGCUCAACCUGACUUUGUCCGACAUCAUGCUUCUGAUCUUCCUGCCUCUCAAAAUGUCAGAGGCUGCCGAAAAAAAUGAGUGGCAUUUCUAUAAGGUCCUCUGCGGCAUCACCAGCUGCACCUUCCACAGCAGUAUCUACAUCAGCACCCUUUUCCUCACUUCAAUCAGCGUGGACCGUUACCUGGGUGUUGCGUUUCCCAUCAAGUACAAAUUGAAACGCAAGUUAGCCUAUGCAGUGAUGGCCAGCGUCUUCAUCUGGUUGCUGGUCGGUUCCCACUGCAGUAUGGUUUUUUAUGUCAGGUCCAUGGACGACAAAAUGCCAGAGACUUCACAGCACGUUUCUGAUCACGUGGUAUGCUAUAAGGAGUUCAAUGAGCGACAGAGAAAGAUCAUUUACCCCUUCCGACUUGAACUCUGCCUUGUUCUCUUCUGCAUCCCUUUCGUAAUCACUUGUUUCUGCUACAUCAAAGUCAUCCGCAUCCUGGCCUCCCUGCCCAACGUCCAGCCCCGCAAGAAGCAACGCUCCAUGGGCCUGGCUGUGGUCACCUUGCUCAAUUUUGCCAUCUGCUUCUGCCCCUUUAACAUCUCCCACAUUUUUGGCUUCCUUAGUUGUAAGGACCCUGAAUGGAGAGAUUAUACCUUUGCCCUCAGCUCCUUCAACACCUGCCUGGAUCCUUUCAUCUUCUUCUUCUCGUCCAACGCCAUGCGACGAAACGUCACUGUUUGCUGGGCUGGCCUCUACCGCAGAGUCCGGCUCAUUCUACCACAGUGCUCUUUGCCCUGCUGCAAACGUCUCAGAGACACUGAUGAAGGAGCGGGGGCUGUCGGAUUAUCUUCCUCAAGUGGAUUAGGAGGGCCUAGUGUAGGCACGGAGUCCUCCUCUUUUGGCCAUGCUGCAAAGAGCUGUGAAGUCAGGGCACUGAACCCAGAGCAAGCAGCUGUGUAUUCCAGCAUGAUCUAAGGACAUGUGGCACAUUAGACCAGGAAAGAACUUUUGUGAAUAUAUGACAAUUUCUAAAUUUCUUCACCUCGUUUUUGGAUUUGAAGUUGUGAAUUCACACUUGUAUGCUGAAUACAUUUUUUUAAAAAAAUGUUAAUGUUUGAAUCUUGUGUGCAUAAUUUGUGUGGUCGAUAACCCUUCCAACCUUGAGGGUGGUGCAGACUGUACCUACCUUAGCUUCAAUGAAAUGGCCUGAACUGAAGUAGCAAUAAAACAGAGCCAGUGUGGCAUAGUGGUUAGAGUGCUGGGUAGGGUUGCCAAGUCUGGGUUGGGAAAUUCCUGGAGAUUUAGGGGCAGUGCCUGGAGAGAACAGAGUUUGGGUAGGGGUGGGACCUCAACGGGGUAUAAAACUGUUGCGUUCCCCUCCAAAACAGUCAAUUUAUACAGAGGAUCUCAUGUCUUGGAUACCAGUUCUAAUACUGGGAGAUCUCCAAGCCCCACCUGAAGGUUGGCAAGUUGGCAACCCUUCCACUGGGCCUAGGAUCUGGCUGAAAUCCUCUCUCUGCUAUGUAAACUGCCCUGAAUUCCUGAAAAUAAAGUCAGGAUAAAAAUAUGACAGAUAUUGGAGAACAGCUCUCUCUCUGGAAAUGUGAUAUUUUCCCAUGGUCUUACCUUUGAUAAAUACUGUUGGAUACAGGCAUGGAAGCUACAAAAAGGAUUGAAUUAGGAAAAAUGUGCUGGGUGGCUUUGCUUUUUUAUGGAGUUAAGGGCAGUGGUAAUUUUACAUCUGAUGAAGGGAGCUUUGACUCUCAAAAGUUUAUGCACUGGAAAUCUCGUUGGCCAUUAAGGUGCUACAGGACUCGAAUCUUGCUCUUCUAUUGAA